AUGGUCCGCCUUUCUAAGGUGCUCAUCGAUGAAGGCAGCAGCCUCAACAUCAUCUUCUCAAAGACAUUGGAGAGCAUGGGCUACGACAUGACUUCCUUGGUCCCGACCCAGGAAGCCUUCUACGGAAUCAUCCCUAGCUUCGGCUCGACCCCGAUCGGCCAAACCUUGUACCACGUGAUCCUAGGAAGUCUUGCCCUCGCCAAGUUCAUGGCGAUCCCCAACCAUACAUACCUCAUCCUCAAGAUGUUGGCCCUAAAUGGAGCCAUCUCCAUCCAUGGUGAUGUAAAGACUUCCAACUCCUGCGAUUCAGAGAACAUCAACCUCUCUGAGGCGCUGGAGCGGUCGAACAAUGCCAUCCUGGUGGCCGACUCGGUGAAGAAGAUCCCUCCAGUUUUAGUCUCCAUACCGAAGAAUGACUCGGCCACCAAGCUGCAACUAAAGCCAGGUCAGGAGAAGAAGACCAUCCCCCUCCAGCACGAUGACCCCGACAAGACCGCCCUGAUCAGCACAGGGCUCGACCAAGCAUAG